CAGGAUAGGUGGAAAACUUCUAGGAUAUUAGAGGUUGCGCUUAGUCCUUCCUACAGACUACGAGCUUGGGGGCCUGAGUGGCCCUAAGUUCUGACAAGAUGACGGAGGUCUUGAAGCGGGGCUUUCCCGGCAUGAAGAGCGUCAAAGAUAUGGGCAUUGUGCAAGAUGCGCCACCUCCUGGAGGCUUUCCUUCCAUCCGUAUAGAACGCCGUCUUCCCAACACGGGCCCAACGGGUGUCGCCAUCUUUGCGGGGCUCGCUGCCAUUAUGGGCUAUGGAUUUUACAAGCUGAGCGAGCGGCGUCAGGUGAAGAGGUUUGAGGCUGAUGAGAUUCUCACCGUGCGGAGGAUUGUGCAACCCGUCGUUCAAGCGGAAUGGGACCUCAGGUACUUGGAGCAUCUGCGCAAGGAGCGGGAGGAGGAGGCCAAGAUCAUGAAGAACGUUCCUGGAUGGAAGGUCGGCGAGUCUACCAGCCGCCACAGGUGGCUGCCGCCCCUGGAGUCAUGGGACAAGCGCCCGCUCAUCUAAGUACACCCCGCCCCAGUAGUCCCAAUCAAUCAAUUACCUCGUUGCUCUUUUUCUCUGUCAGCCGGUUCUAGCCAGCCAGCUAGGCAGCCGCGAGAGCAGUCUUGUUUCGGAGUUUCGCCUCGUCUUCGUGGCUGUGGGGUGGUCGUCACUGCUGCAGAUGGGCUCUUAAGUGUUGCCAGGUGUUGCUGCUGAUGUGUGGGACAGCAGCUGCAGAUCGCCUCUCGGCUGGGGCUUCCGAGGCGGAGGGGGAGGGGUAAUGUUGUCAUGAAAUGGGGCUGGUGCAGAGCCAACCCGCGGUGGUACCACUUCUGUUGCAGCGGAGUACUGCAAAUCGUCACCUUGGAGAUGUGCUGAACCUGAUGCUGAUGCUGCUUGGGCGGCAGGCUGAGUGCGGCUGUGGUGGUGGCGGGGGCGGCGGCUACCACACCCUGCGUCCGUGGUCGCCGCCGCGUGUAACAGCAGACAUCCCUGUACGGCUCUUUGGAUUGGAAACAUCCCCCACACACGUUAAGGGACUCCGCCGUCCUCCGCUGUUAGUUGAUCGGCGCUUCUC